AUGUCUAAUGGAACAGUGAAUAGGACUCAUGGGGUUGACAGUUCUCAGCAUAAUUACCUUGCACUUGUGUUUGGUGUGCCACUAAUAGUAGCCAUCAUCCUGGGCAAUGUCCUGGUGUGCCUCAGCGUGCUGAUUGAGAGAUCCUUGAAGACAGCAACAAACUACUUCAUUGUCAGCCUGGCUGUAGCAGAUUUACUUCUUGCUGUUCUUGUCCUGCCACUCUUCGUGUAUACUGAGUUUCAGGGAGGGAUUUGGACUCUGAACAUCUUCCUGUGUGAUGCAUUAAUGACAAUGGAUGUGAUGCUUUGCACAGCUUCCAUUUUCAACCUCUGUGCAAUCAGUGUAGACAGGUACAUUGCUGUGAUCGUUCCCCUGAAAUACAACAGGAACCACUUCAGUGGGCGCCAGCUGGUUCUCAUCAUGGCCACUUGGCUCCUGUCUCUUGGGGUGGCUUCCCCUGUUAUCUUUGGGCUCAACAAUGUUCCCGGCCGGGAUGUGACAGAUUGUAAACUGGAAGAUGGCACUUUUGUGGUUUACUCCUCAGUCUGCUCCUUCUUCGUGCCGUGUCCAAUCAUGCUGCUCCUGUACUAUGGAAUGUUCCGGGGCCUCAGACGCUGGGGCGAGAGCCGUAGGAUCACACUCCCGUCCUGGGAUCACGCGCCACUCUCCUUUAAUCUUUCACCCAGCAAGCGAGAAAGACACGUGGUUAAAUACAUCGUGCCAAAGCUAAGCCCCAAUGCAGCUAAGAACAUUCCGGAAAGCGACUUGAUCACCACACAGCUCGAUAGCACCUCUGAUGUGGAGACACCUGAUGGAACAAAGACAGGAGCCCCAAAGGAGAAUGGGCCUGUACCGCGACACGGCCUGGGGAAAGGGCCCUUCAUGAGAAGCCGCAGAGUCAGUGGCCGUGAGAGGAAAGCGAUGAAAGUCCUUCCGAUUGUUGUAGGAGUGUUCCUCGCUUGCUGGACUCCGUUCUUCGUGGUUCAUGUUCUGAAGGUUUUGUGUGAAGCCUGUACCAUUGGCUCCAUGUUGAUCAGUGUGGUCACAUGGUUGGGAUAUGUAAACAGUGCAGUCAAUCCCAUUAUCUACACCAUCUUCAACACUGAGUUCCGAAAUGUUUUCAAGAAGCUACUACACUGUCAGACAUGAGCAGUACCUUGAUCAAUCCUCACUGUGUUCAUGUUUAGAAUACUCUGGGAAAAGCGUCUUUUAAAGAUCUGGAAAUGCGAUGCGUCAGUUCUGUUCAGUUUGAAUGCUUUCAAAUGGACUUUUUAACAAUCGUCCAGUGAGUCAGCUUUCUAAAGUGGAGCACAUGACAGGAGGGAGAACUGCCUAAGGAAGUGAGGAUUUCAGGAGCAUGUCAGAUCUCUGAACCUUGACACAACUGCAUUGUGAGGCACAGAGGCUGGCCUUUGGAGAUAGCUGUAUGCCCGCAUAUUGGACAGGUGCCAGGCACUCACUGUUAUCCAUGGGGUAAAGACAUGGCACAGAGGAAGAAGAUUCAUGCUGUCUGUAAAAUCUGUUAGUUCCUCUGAAGGCUCGAUUCCCCAUAACAUUGUCAACUCUUCCUUUUCAUAUAAUGACCUGAAUCCCUUCCAAAAUCUUCAAAUGAUCCUUCCUUCAUUGUAUUUCCAGGCAAUGCAUUCCAGAUCCUAACUACUCACCCAGUGAAGAACUUCUUCCUCAUGUCAUCAUUGCUUUAUUUGCCAAUUAUAUUAAAUCAAUGCCCUCUUGUUCUUAAUCUUCUACUAUGGGACCAGUUGUCCUGCUCAGCCCUUUCUACUCUGUUCAGACCCUUCAUGGUUUUGAAUAUCUCCAUCAAAUGUACACUCAACCUUCUUUUCUCCAAGGAAAAGAAUCCCAAGUUUUCUAAACCAACCUCAUAACUGAAGGUUCUCACUCCUGGAAUUAUUCUCGUGAUAUUUUUUCUGCACCCUCUAUGAUGUCCUCAGAUGCUUCCUAAUGUGUUCUGCUCAAUUUGGACACAAUUCUCUAGCUGAGGUCAAACCAGUGUUGUGACCAGUGAUCUGUUACCGUUCAAAGU